AGAUGUCUGCUUAAAGUGGAUCUUAUGCCAAAGACAUUUCAUUGUGGGUUUGUCUAAGGAACAUUGUUGUCCCGAGAAAAUAAGUUAAGGAAUGAGAAGCAACAAAGGAAAAGACCUUCCUCUUGGAAGAACCAAACGCACUUUGAAAUGUUAACAGAAUGUGAUGCUAGCUGCUAAACCCGCCUUUGUCUCCGGAAUGGAUCAAGUGCUGCAGAUUUAAACGAUUCAGCGUACUCAGAAGAGCGGCGAUGGCACAUGAGGGAAACAAAAACUAAAGGACGGACGGCCUGCCAUGCACUGAACAAACACCCCUGCCUGUGAAGCCCUCUUUUAAAAAAGAUGUCUGCUUGUAACACCUUUACUGAACACGUUUGGAAACCCGGCGAAUGCAAAAACUGCUUCAAACCCAAAAGCUUGCACCAGCUGCCCGCAGACCCCGAGAAGGCUGCCCAUGGCGGCGUGAGAACCAAUGCCAACCACAGUAACAACCACCGCGUCAGGAACACCGGGAACUUCCGGCCCCCCGUGGCCAAGAAGCCCACCAUUGCUGUGAAGCCCACUAUGAUGGUGGCCGAGGGGCCGAGUAUGGGCGGUGAGCUCAGCAUCCAGGAACACUGUGAGAACAGACCCGUCGUCAUCGGGUGGAAUCGGAACAGGGCGGCCCUGACUCCAAAACCACCGAGCAAUAACAACGAAGAGACUCUCGAAGGGUUUAGCCAUGUCCCGAAGCCGUACAGCCGUCUCGACAGCGCAAAGAAGGUCGCAGAUAACAAUAACGGACUGACGGACGUGCUCAAGGAGAUAGCCGGCCUAGAUGGCACUCCUCCUCUCGGGGGAAAUGACGCGAGCCCCAGGGAAACGUUCUUGGGGAGAAUCAACAAUUGCUACAAACGGUCGCUGGAGAGGAAGCUUCCGCCCAGCUGCCUGAUGGGCACGGUCAAGGACCCUCGGGGGAAGCGCGUGGUCCUAAGCGGGGCCGCAGAAGUGAUCAGUAACGAAGGGGGCCGCUUCUGCUACCCGGCACUGUCUAGUGACGAGGACAGUGAGGGUGAUGUGCUUUCCAGUUCCAUGGGGGCGGAGCAUGAGAGCUGGGACGAGAGCGACGAGGAGCUGCUGGCCAUGGAGAUCCGCAUGCGAGGGCAGCCUCGCUUUGCCAACUUCAGGGCGAACACGCUGUCACCCGUCCGCUUCUUUGUGGGCAAAAAGUGGAACACCGUCCCCCUGCGAAAUAAGUCCCUGCAGCGGAUCUGCGCCGUGGACUAUGACGACAGCUACGACGAAAUCCUGAACGGCUGUGAAGAUAAUUCGGUGGUCUCCUAUGGCCCCGGAAGCCUUCAGAGCAUGGUGUCCUCCGACUCCACAUCCCCAGACUCGUCCUUAACAGAAGAGUCACGCUCUGAGACAGCCAGUAGUUUGUCCCAGAAGAUUUGCAAUGGGGGAGUGUUGUCCCCUGGUAGCCAGGGCGAUGCUGCUAAAAACAUGAAGGAAACGGAACCCAGUUGUGAGAGUCUCUCUGGUAACGAUCAGGAGGAUGCACCGCACGCUUCCCAGGGCUCCACGAGGGCCCCAGAGACACACAAAGCAGUCCUGGCUGUCCGCCUGGAAGAGAGGGCUGGCAAGAUCGCAGUACAGACGGAGAGGCCAGAGAGCAAAGCCUCCACGGACAUCGCCGGGCAAGCAGUCACCAUCAGCCUGGUGCCUGUCGAAGAGCAAGCAAAGCCCUACCGCGUCGUGAACUUGGAGCAGCCGCUGUGCAAGCCCUACACUGUCGUGGAUGUGUCAGCAGCCAUGGCCAGCGGGCACCUGGAGGGUGCCAGCAAACCGAGGACAAAAGGCUCAUCUUCCACCCCAAGCUCUCCGGCGACAUCACCCGCAUUGACACCAGGACAAAUAAGUGCCCAUUUCCAAAAAUCCAGUGCAAUCCGAUACCAGGAAGUAUGGACUUCCAGUACCAGUCCACGACAAAAGAUACCCAAGGUGGAAUUAGCGAGUGCUGGAACUGGACCAAAUAUCCCGCCCAGGAAAGUGUGUCACAAAUCAGCACCCACUUCGCCGACAGCUACCAACGUUUCCUCCAGAACCAUCCCUGUAAAGUCACCCAAUUUGUCAGAAAUAAAAUUUAACAGUUACAACAAUGCUGGCAUGCCCCCCUUUCCCAUUAUCAUCCACGACGAGCCCACAUACGCCCGGAGUUCCAAGAACGCUAUCAAAGUUCCCAUUGUAAUCAAUCCCAAUGCAUACGACAAUCUCGCCAUCUACAAAAGUUUCCUGGGAACCAGCGGCGAGCUCUCGGCGAAGGAAAAGACCGCGAGUAUCAUAAGCCAUACCUACGAAGAAAUAGAACACGAAAGCCAAGUGUCUGACGGCACCGCCUGCAAGCCCACGGAAUGCCCCCAUGCGAAAGGGCUUUCGAGCAGCACGGAACGUCAGAGGGGCUCCGUGGCCCAGAAGGUCCAGGAGUUUAACAACUGUCUCAGCCGAGGCCAGUCCUCACCACAGAGAAGCUAUAGUUCUAGCCACAGUUCCCCAACAAAGAUCCUGAGACCCACCCCAGAACCUGCGGCCAAAGCAGAAAACCCCCAGGAGCCUCAGGCCAACGGCGGCAGCAGUAGCAGCAGGGAGAAAGCAAGCACCGUUCUCUCACAGAUUGUGGCUUCUAUCCACCCUCCCCAGUCUCCACCAGAAACGCCGCCAUCUGGCCCCAAAGCCUGCAGCGUGGAAGAGCUCUAUGCCAUCCCUCCAGACGCCGAGGUGGCCCAGAAUACCCCAGCCCGGCCCAAAUCCCUCUUCACGUCUCAGCCCAGUGGCGAGGCGGAAGCCCCGCAGAGCACUGAGAGCCCUCCAACCAAAGCACAGAAAGACCCACUCUCAAAGCCACUCGCCAUCCCUCCCUCCAAGCUAGUGGCGAACGCCCAAAGUGAGCCAGCACCCCCCUUCCCGCCGCCACGCUCCACGUCCUCGCCGUACCACGCAAGCAACCUCCUGCAGAGGCACUUCACCAACUGGACCAAGCCAACCAGCCCCACCAGGUCAACGGAAGCCGAGUCGGUUUUGUACUCGGAAGGCAGCAGGCGGGCAGCCGACGCAAAACCAAAGCGCUGGAUAUCGUUUAAAAGCUUCUUCCGCCGUCGGAAAACCGAUGAGGAGGACGACAAGGAGAAAGAGCGAGAGAAGGGGAAGCUGGUGGGGCUGGACGGCACGGUCAUCCACAUGUUGCCCCCACCGCCAGUGCAGCGCCACCACUGGUUCGCGGAAACCAGAGCUGAGUCCAGCGAGAAGCCAACCAUCGUCUUCCUGUACAGGUGCGACCCUGCCCAAGGCCAGCUCAGUGUGGAGCGGAGCCAGGCCGGAGCCGAUCCGACAGCGGUCAUGGGCAAGGGUGGCCCGGAGGAUGCUUUCCGCCAGGAGUCAGAGAAGAGAAGGAGUCACUCCUCGCCAACACUGCUCCCUAAAAAAAUUCUCAGUCAUGUGACCCAUGAAGUAUCAGCCGAGGACUUUCUUCCCCGGGAUCCAAGGAGUAUUGUUGGGAAGCAAGAUGGCGGCGGGGGCUGCACGUCAGGCACCCCGGCACUUCCCCUGCAGGAACUGGAGAGGGGAGAGGAGGGAGAAGAUGCUUCCGAUCCUAUGGACCUGACCCCUUCUAGUGCAACCUACAGCAAUUUAGGGCAAUCUAGAGCAGCCAUGAUACCUCCCAAGCAUCCCCGGCAGCCCAAGGGAGCUUUGGAUGACGCCGUUACCUUUGGGGGUAAAACAGACCAGGCAGCACCUGGUGCCUCCCAGCCCACACCACCCCCACUGCCAAAGAAGAUGAUCAUAAGAGCCAACACAGAGCCAAUCACCAAAGACCUCCAAAAAUCCCUCGAAAGUAGUCUUUGCAUCAUGGCCAACCCCACCUAUGACCUUGACCCCAACUGCGAUGCCAGCAGUGCUGGCUCCUCCAUCAGCUGUGAACUCAAGGGCCUGGACCUUGAGUCCUCUGACUCCUUAGAAAGACCUUUGCACAAGGAGAGGCGCGGGCCCUCGGCAGCCAACAGCAUCUCCAGCUUAACCACUCUCAGUGUUAAGGACCGAUUUUCCAACAGCACAGAGUCCCUGUCGAGCCGGCGCGGCACUUCUCGCAGACAGGGCCGAAGCAUCCAGAAGCCACAGAGACACGCACUUUAUCGAGGCCUUGAGAACCGGGAGGAGGUGGUGGGUAAAAUCCGAAGCCUCUAUACAGAUGCCCUGAGGAAGAUGGCCACCAAAUGCGAAGACCUCUUCAUGGCCGGGCAGAAAGACCAACUCCGUUUUGGGGUGGACAGCUGGUCAGACUUCAGGCUAACCAGUGACAAACCCUGUUGCGAGGCGGGUGAUGCGGUUUACUACACAGCUUCCUAUGCGAAAGACCCUCUUAACAGCUAUGCAGUCAAGAUCUGUAAGAGCAAAGCCAAGGAGUCCCAGCAGUACUAUCACAGCCUGGCCGUGCGGCAGAGCCUGGCUAUCCAUUUCAACAUCCAGCAGGACUGUGGUCACUUCCUGGCCGAAGUGCCUAACCGCCUGCUUCCCUGGGAGGACCCUGAUGCCCCUGAGAAGGAGGAGGAGGAGAAAGUGAACGAUGCUGAAGACGAGGGGACAGGAGAAGCCUCUGGGAAGAGCCCAGCAGAGCACUGCUACGGCACGGAGCCCUCCCCGCAGGAGAACCAGGGCGCCGGGGCCAGGAAGCAGAGGAGCCACGUGGUGGUCAUCACCAGAGAGGUGCCCUGCCUCACCGUGGCCGAUUUUGUACGCGACUCACUGGCCCAGCACGGGCGAAGCCCCGAUGUGUAUGAGAGGCACGUGUGCCUGCUGCUUCUGCAGCUGUGCUCUGGGCUCGAGCACCUGAAACCCUACCACGUCACGCACUGUGACCUCCGCCUGGAGAACCUGCUGCUUGUCCACUACCAGCCUGGGGGGCCUGCCCCGUGCCUGGGGCCCGCGGAGCCCAGCCCCACCUCCCCUGGGCCCACUCGGCUCAUCGUGAGCAACUUCUCUCAGGCCAGGCAGAAGAGCCACCUGGUGGACCCCGAGAUCCUCCGGGACCAGUCCCGCCUGGCCCCGGAGAUUGUCACCGCCACGCAGUACAGGAAAUGUGACGAGUUCCAGACCGGCAUCCUCAUCUACGAGAUGCUGCACCUGCCCAACCCCUUCGACGAGCACCCGGAGCUGAAGGAGAGAGAAUACACGCGCGCAGACCUGCCUCGCAUCCCGCUGCGCUCCCCCUACUCUCAAGGCCUACAGCAGCUGGCCAGCUGCCUCCUGAACCCCAACCCCUCCGAGCGGAUCCUCAUUUCAGACGCCAAAGGCAUCCUGCAGUGUCUUCUCUGGGGCCCCCGGGAAGACCUCUUCCAGACGUUUGCCGCUUCCCCAGGCCCGGCGCAGAGGCAGGCCCUCCUGCAGAACUGGCUGGACAUCAAGCGCACGCUGCUGCUGAUCAAGUUUGCCGAGAAGGCCCUGGACCGGGAGGGCGGGGUCAGCCUCGAGGACUGGCUGUGUGCUCAGUACCUGGCCUUCACCACUGGAGACUCCCUCAGCGGCAUUGUGAACAUCCUCCAGCACCGCUAACGCGUCCAUCCGGAAUGCUACCCCCCAACCCAUCCCCCAUACUCCCCAUCGGAUUCACCCUCCAGCUACCCCACCCCAAGAGAAUGAGAGAGAUGAGCCAGCUGUCCCCGCUCAGGACCAGGCGAGGCCCUCCUGCAAGGCUUUCCUCAGGAGGAAGGACACUGAGUCUCUCCCCAGUUUACAGAAACGCCCUGUGCAAGUGCCCCAUCUGACGAGCCCCACACAUGGGAGGCCUCCCAAGAGAGCCAGCUCCCUCAGGGUGAGCUCCAGGAGCAGUGUCCGGUUCCUCCAUGUUUCUGACUGUCACCACCUAACACCUCUAUUCUCACUAGCAAUAGCCAGUGUAGCCCACCCUGGCAGCAGCAGGCUCCCCCUUCCUGAGGCAGGCCGGCACGCCGUUCUUAGCAUCAGCCCAGCUUCCGGGACCAGGGCCUUUGUUCCAGCUAAGAGAGUAGAAGGCAAGGGGACAGCCCCCACCCCGGGCCCUUGGCUCCUUUGCAUUUAUUUCUCUAGCCCCCAAGAGUGUGCCCGCAUGGAGGGUGGACUCCACAGUCUCCCCUCUGCCCCCGCCCCCCAACCUGGCUGCCCCUGUCUCUGCUCUGUUCCCAGCUGGGGUUCAUCAGCCCCUUCUGGCCCUACCAGAACUGACCCCGAAUGGGGUCCCCAAUGCCCGCAGGGGGGGAGCUCAGUUCAGAGCUCCAUGCAGCUGUAGGACCUAAGGCACACAGGCCCCUGCACGAGCAGUUCCCCAGGGGCCAGCAGGGGUCAGAGUUCAGAGUGCUGUCCUUUGAUUCCUAGCAGAGCUAUCAACGAUGCAGCCAGGGCUGUCCAAUCCCCUCUGCCCCCAGCAAUAAUGGGCUUGCUUCCUCUCAGCAACUGGUCUCCCAAAUGCUGUAGACAGCAGCCCCGGAUGAAAUGCCUGUCGGUGCAGUUCUCAGACCCCCGUGAAGGACCUGAAGCUGGCUGCGCAUGGCCUGAAGGCUAGGGUGCAGGGGGCGGCACUCAAUGAGACGGGGGCUACCUUCUGAGAACGCUGACCUCCUCUCUAGAGACCGCCGGCUCCCAUGCAAGUGCCCCUGGAGCUCCCUGGGAAAUGGCUCUGGUGGCCAGCUCUGGGGUGAGGGGUGGCGGGGCCUGUGUCCAUGCCUGAGAACUGCUCCCUUCCGGUGGAGCCCACACUCCUCCCCUAUGGAUAUAUGUGCAAUUUUUGUAUGUAAUUUUUUAGCUGUAUAUUACAGUGUUUAUGUUGCAACUUCACCUGAAGCGAGACCCACAGAGCCCCCCACCGCCCCCGCCCCCAGCACGUUUGCGCUGAGAGACGCACGCUCCUCACACACAGCUGUGUGUGUGAGGGUGUGCUCACGUGCUUGAUUGAUCCCAAACUGUGAGUACCUGUUACUGCAACCCAAGAGUCACUCGACCAGCAUAGUGUGUGCACGCGCACAAGCGGAGGGGAGGCCUGUGGGAGUGGGAGGAGGGUGCUGGGUCACAGUUGGUGGACGGGCCUGUUGAACCGAGAGGGGGUCCGUGACCCUCACCCACCGGCACCGAGUUUCUGAAAGCCAGGGCCCAGUGUGUGCAUAUUACUGUCGGUGCACGCGAGGCCUUGGGCAUUUCUGACUCUCUGAACGUUUUAGCAGCCUUUCCUGGGACUCACCUGUGUCGAAGAGGAUCCAGAAAGGAGAAGAAUGUAUUUUAUUGUGCCCUUAUUUUAUAUUUUAAAGAGAGUCCUCUGUGAAAGGGGUACACGCAUGAUGCGGUCCCUCCUGGCCUACAGCACAGCAGAGAGCUGGGUAGCCCCAAGAGCAGGGUCUUUGCUCCCAGGAAUGGCCACGGAGCGGGCGUGCCGCUGCCGGCAGCCUGUCCACGUUCCCUCGGUGGCCUGGGACCUCUGGCCUGGCUGGCUGGUGUUUGGGUUGCCUCUGCAUGGCCCCUGUGCACGUAACUCCCUGCCCAGUGAUAACACUGAACAACUGACUGAGACCACACAGACCACUGAGCGCGUCGGCCAGGACAUUCCCUCAGCCCCUGACCUCGCUUAUCAGUGUCACUCGUGGUGCCUUGUCCCGUGUCAGUGUGAAUGGUGACUGUCUCAAGUGAGGUCACAUAUGUAAUGCAGAGUGGCCCUGUUUGUUUUCUAGGUAGGUCUCUCUCCCCUGGCCUUCGUUUUAACUGUAGUAUAUUGGGCCUGGAUGCUCCACUACCGUCAUCUGACAGCACUGGUGAGACCUCUGGUCUCAGGCGUGCCGAUUACUGUUUUAUAUUGACACGCUUUAAGGGGGCGAGAUGGAUGUCAGCUACCCACAGAAGGGCCCGGGCCUCCCUAUUGCUCUCUGUGGGGUGGCCGAGGCUUGGGAGGGCAGUGGGAGGAGGCAGAGGGGGGUGCAGGUUAGAGUAA